AUGGCUACAAAGCCAAGUUUUCCAGGGUUCACUGCACUCUCGGACCAAAUUUUUGUUCGGGAAGGAGAACCUGCAGCCGGGGCACAGGCACCCAAAGAUCCCAGAGUUAUCAUCAUCUUCGGCUGGGGAGAUGCCCAGCCUAAACAUGUCACGAAAUAUGCAGACGGGUUCGGACAACUUUUCCCUGGUAGCAAGCAGAUCGCAGUGCUAGCACCGAUAUACCAAGCAUUAUGGCGGAGCAUGGAGCAGCGAGUAGAGGCGAUGAAACCAAUCCUCGACGCAACAUUUCCGUCUACAAGCUUCCCCCGUGCCGAAGACCAUGAUGACUCCGUCCUUGUGCAAGUAAUGUCGAAUACGGGAGGCAUUAAUUAUGCCGCUUUACUGCACGCCUAUGAAAUCACUUACGGGAAACCGUUCCCACACCGGCUUGUCACCUUCGACUCUACACCCGGAAGUACCGAUCUGACGUUCGAUAACUUGGGCCGCCUAUCCCUUGCGAUGGCGCUGGGAACCGCUUCCUGGUUCCCAUGGCCCUUCGUGGUGACGCAGUGUAUAUGGGGUGUUUUCCUCUUCACGGUCAACAUCAUCGAAAAAAUAGUCGGCCAGGAAAGUGCUGCUGUGCAGAGUAUCAAAGCUGUUCAGAACCCGACGCUACAAUCGAAACAAGCGAAACGACUGUACCUCUACGGCAAGCAAGAUAGGAUUAUUCUCUGGUCUGAUAUAGAGAAGCAUAUCGCCGAAUCUCGCGUACAGGGAUAUGAAUCAGAAUGUUGUUUGUUUGAAGGAAGUGGACAUAUAGAGCACAUGCGAAAACACCCGGAGGCAUACUGGGGAGCUAUUCAGGUUGCAUGGGCAAAGCUGUAGUGAGAAUG